AUGACUAGUUGGCUUGUUUACUCUUGCAAGGCUACCUCGGAUGAACAGAAGAUCAUCAAAUCCAACAUAGCCAAGAUUAGUCAGAAGAAUCCAGACUCGCAUGGUGAUCUACCUUUUGUUUCUGCCGUGGACUCAGAAGGAGUCAAAGAAGAAAUUGAACAACUUUGUGAAGAAGACAUCCCCACUGCUGUACCAGACAAUGCCCGCCAGUUGAUGGUCACCUUUGAAUGGACGAGCUUUCUUUGGAAGAGAAGAUUAAGAAGGCAAAGGAAGCCUUUUCCUCAACUUGUCCUGCCAUCAAUCACCAUUGCAGUAAUGGUCUGGAAGCCAAUGAACAUCCCAAUGGUUGACCUUUAUCACAACCAAUUGCUUCCGGUGGCGACGGGGCCAGCAAAGACAAGAUCAAGUUCACUGAGCCAGCUCAGGGUGCCAUCAACCCCAGUCAAAUCCCCAUCUCCAUCACCUCAGAAACAUGUGAUCAAGGCGAGUAAGCAAGCUUCAAAGUUCAAGAAAUGUGUUCCAAAAGGGGAGGGCCUUCAAGACAUCAAACUCAAUUUACCAAUUCUAGAGAUAGAGAAAGGUGUUGAGAGGGAGAUAGAGGUCAAAGCUAAGGUUAAAGCUAAGCCUACGGCAAAGGGGAGGAAGCCAAAAGUGGCAAGAGUCUAG